AAUUUCGAUAUUUAUUAACUUUUUUGCUAAUUAUAGUUAUAGGGAGCAAACCUUAUUAUAUAUACUCCGAUAAUUUACUCAAGAUACGAAUAUCCGAACAAACAUGGAAAUCAAACAUCUCAGCUUCAGUUUCCUUAUCCUAUUCUCCUUCAUCAUCUACACAAAUGCCAAUUCCAAAGAUUGUUUUUACAACAUCUACGUGGAAACCGGCGAUAUUCCGUCGGCCGGAACUAAAUCUAACGUAACCAUCUUCCUAGGCGACGAGAACAAGGAUGAACUGCCGAUCGUGAAUCUUAAAGAUUGGGGUUUGAUGGGGCCCACCCACAGCUACCUUAGUGUGGGAGAAGUGGACCUCUUCGCUGGGAAAGGCCCCUGUUUACGUGGGCCCAUAUGCAGCCUCAUCAUCGUGCUAGAUGGUUAUGAUACUUGGUUUUGCGACUCUAUUGAGAUAACCAGCGUAGGCUUUGGAAAGUCGUGUUCUCAAAAGCAUUUUGUGGUGAAGCAAUGGCUCGACGUCAACAAGGGAUCGGCUCUCAUUCUUCAAGAUGAGUGCUCAACUGAUUAUGAUGGUGUCCCUUUAGAUAGUAUGAGGAGUGGAUACUAAUCACGAUUAUAGGCUUCUAAACUUCACAUUUGUUAUUCUCAAAAUCUUAAUUCAUUUAGAUAAUGUCUGCUAGCAUAUUUGUGUAAGUUAAAUAAAUGUGAGUCGAGUUAGGAUUUGCAUUUGGAAGUCUCUUGACGUCCAAUCGAUCAAUAAAAUUGUGUAUUUCAAUUCA